AGUUAUUUGAUUGAAAUGACUGUUGCCAAAUGCUUUUUUUAUUAGAAAUUUCAGUCAGAUAACCAUUACCAAGUGGUCCCUUAAGGUAUAUAGUUGGCCAAUAACUCAAUAUGAAUGCCAGAGGAUUGGUAGUAGAGAUCCUUACCUCUUGUCCCGUUUGAUAUGUGGUCACUCUUUAUAUUGGCCGCCAUUCUAUAUUAACAGGAUGAGACCAUGGUUAUAGUUAUGGAUGAUGAUGGUGCACGUUCCAAGGGCAUUGCACGUUCAUUGAGGAAACUUGGACUCAAGAAGCCAUACGCGAUGCAAGGCGGGUUUCGCUCAUGGAUAAACGAGGGUCUUCGUAUUAAAGAACUAAAGCCUGAGACACCUCUUAGCAUCAUCAAUGAGGAAGUUGAGGCAAUCAUUGAGGAAAUCAACCCAACCCCAUUGAAACUUCUUGGAUUUGGAAUGGGUUUUAUAGCACUUGUGUAUGCGUUACUCGAGUGGGAGAAGACACUGCAACUGAUUGGUUUCCUUGGUCUUCUUCUGACUAUAUAUCUGCGACUUUCGUCCUACGAGGAUUCAGAAGAUAUUAUACAGGAUGUUAGGCUGCUGCUGGGCCCAUUUAGAUUGGGAGGACGGGCGAUUUCUUGGGCAAUCGGGAAGUUUAACAGGAGUAGUAAUGGGCUGCCCACUUUACCGCCAUGUUCAAGCGAUGUGCAUAGCAGGGUGUUGCAAGCUGCUGCCAAGCACGAGUCCCAACCAUCGGAAGAUCCAUCCUCUGCAACAAUGGCUUCUCCCAAUGGAAGUGUGGAUCUCCCAGAAGCAUAAUAUAUUUUGUUCGUUUGUAAAGGGAACUCUGGUUUUGGUAUAUAAAGCAAUAAUUAUAUAAUGUACCCCAAGACUUCCCUUACCUUUUCUUUUGGUGUUGCAAGCUGCUGCCAAGUAAGGGAAAACAUGUUACAAGUAUGGGUAAAAAUUGGAGUAAAAUUCUUUGACACGA